CUAACUAGUCUGUGGGCACAUCCAUCCAUCAAAAAAGUGAGUGCUAUGUUGAUAUUGUUAUUAGUGGUUGUGGGUUGUGUUUUGAUUUAGUGUCCAUAGUUUUAGGAAGUCAUUAAAUUGAUUAGAAGAAACUUGAAAACAUAACAUUUUGUGAUAUAAAAUGUGUGAAACUUAUGCUCACAAAUUUAGACCAAACAUAAAAUGGUGAAAUCGGGUCUAUUCAUUGGCGUCCCCCAUAAAAUUUAUAUGGUGUAGUAAACGAUGGCUUCAAGUGUGGGGACGGUGACAGUGUCAGUGGUAACUGAACGUGCACCCAUCACCAUAGAAUGCCUUACCAGUUCAUAUACGGCAGAAGAAUUGUGUAUUUAUUUAUGCAAGAAGUACAACAUACCACCAAUAACGCGUACUCUAUUUGCAUUAAGAAUCAAAGGAACUCGGUAUUUUCUCAAAGAUAACAGUGAAGUUCUAUCAGGAUCAAGAGACUAUGAAUUGAGGAUUCGCUUCAAGGUCCCUAGGCUUGGUCUCCUGAUGUCAUUAGAUGAAACAACUUUUGAUUAUUACUUUCAACAAGCAAGGGUCGACAUAAAUGACAACCAAGUUGCAGAGAUCAAGUAUCCAGAUCAUAAGCAAAAGCUUCUUGGGCUUGGUAUAACAGAUAUGUGUCGGGCCAUCACAGAGGAGAAGUUAUCUAUGAAUGAAGUAGUAAGAAAUUAUAAAAAGUACAUACCGAAAAUAAUAAACAAACGUCAUGGGCCUUUUCCUAGGCGACACGCGAAUAAUCUUCUCCCGAAGUUGUUUGAGAUGCAUUAUAGUAACAAUUAUCUGAAGGACAAAUAUAUGGCUCAACUGUACGACUUGGCACCGAACUACUUGGCCGAGGAAUACGAUAGUAUACUGUGGAUGAACGGGGAUACUGUCACGCCGGUGCGGCUCAUGGUGGCCCCGUUUCACACACAACAACCUGGUAUAAGGCUUUACGAUACCAACAAGAGAGAGUGGAUGCACGUCUGUAAUAUAGAAGGACUUAUUUAUUUAAUGAGAAAUGGCGAAUGCACAUUGGAAGUCUCUAGAAGAGGGACACCAUUAUUUUUCAGGUUCAAGUCUGAUAAUCAAUUGUCGUCUUUUAUAUCCGUCUGUGACGGCUAUUACAGGUUAAUGGUAAAGUGGACUUUCAAUUUGUCAAAAGAUGAUGAGUCCCCUUCAUUGAAACAGCUACAGAAAAUAAAAUGCCAUGGACCUGUUGGGGGCGCAUUCUCAUAUCGAAAAUUAGAGGAAAAACGUGGGAAAAAACACGGCUGCUACAUACUCCGACAGUGCCAAGAUCAUUAUAAUAUUUAUUACUUAGACGUUUGUACCAAAACAAGGACUACAGAGACAUACAAGAUAGAAUAUAAGGGACACUGUUUCAUGUUCAAUGGCAAAGAGUACUAUGACAUUGAAGCUAUAAUCAGGGCUCACCAGGAUCCUGAGAAAAAGAUAUUUUUACACGAAUGCAUACCACCCUCCGAGUUUGAUCAAUCGCAAUUAUUGUUGUGUGGCGAGCCGGUGAAGAAAGGAGUGCGCAUCGACCAAACUGAAUUGCAAGAGGUGCUCAAAAGCAAUAGGAGCCCACGUUGUCUUCUUAAUAAGGACAUUAUGCUGUUUAUAGGUUCCGAGAAAGUUGGUUCAGGCAAUGUCACUGUGACAUAUAAAGCGCAUUGGAAUCUCGAUGAAACGAAGAAACUUAUAGUUGCGUUUAAAGCUCUACAACGCGAGGAUCAUCUCAAGGAGUUCGUAGAACUAGCUAGCAAGUACGUGUGCGUUCAUUCUUCGUCGCUGGUGCGUUUGUAUGGCGUCACGUUAAACUCGCCCACUGCUUUAGUGCUGGAAUAUGUGCCGCAUGGAGCCUUCGACGAAUAUCUCAGGAACAAUGGUGAAAGAGUUAAGCCUAUACACUUAAAGAAGGUAGCGGCGACGUUAGCUCGGGCGCUAUGGGAUUUAUCCGAAGCUGGAUUGGUGCACGGCUAUAUUCGAUGCCGGCGCUUAUUAUUAGCGGCACACGAUGCAGACCGUAUUGUGAUAAAACUGUCCGGCCCGAGUCUGCGGUCUUACACGCCAUAUGACAUACACUGGAUGCCUAUAGAGUUCUUCAGUGACAUGAACAUGGCGAAGCGAUCAGCGGUGGGCGAUAUAUGGGCGUUCGCGACCACGCUCUGGGAAGUGUUCUCCUACGGCCUGUCUCCCGCUGAGACGAAUCCUGUGCUCACAGAGAAGAGUUACGAGCUAGGCGACAGGCUUCUGCGUCCCACGCAGUGUCCCACGGAGGUCUGGGCGUUGAUGAACCAGUGCUGGCAGGCCACGCCAAUGCGGCCACAGGAGAUCAUGCGGGACAUGAACCAUAUGCUGCAUAGAGAAUACGUGCCCAUUCACGACUACGAAGAACCAAAGAUAUGUCUUAAUCAUCACAUGGACACCACAGACACCGUAUCGAGUGACAGGUUCGCUCCAAGUGAACUGAGUGACGCAAGCAGUAACAAGUCUCUUAUAUCAGACAGCAGUGCGCUGUCUCUGAACGGUGCAUUGAUAAAUCACUUGGAGAACCAUUUCGCGAACUGCAAGCUAACUAGCUCCCUAGACGGGAUGAGUUCUGUAGCGCUAGCACUGCGCUCGGAUACUUCCUUACGCAGCGCUAGUACUGCGCGGGCUCCGCUAACCGACGACGCGGUCGAACAGUUCGUAGGCGGCGGACAACCGAGACGUAUGCAGCCCAUAGUCACCCGCGGGACUACUUACUUCGUCACCUUAACUAAGAGGAUCGGCAGUGGUAACUAUGGUGAAGUAUACCGAGGUUGGAUGGAAUGGGACUCGGACGAAAGUCAAGAAGUAGCCAUUAAGAAGCUCACCAAGCAAGCCAAUGCUCUAGACAAAGACAGCACAUUGUAUGUCGAUUUCAAGAACGAAUUGGAGAUCAUGAAGUCUUUGAAUCACAAGAAUAUAGUCAACAUUUUGGGCUACUCGUGGAAACCAGAUGUUAUGAUCGUGAUGGAAUAUUUGGAGGAAGGCUCCCUCAACUACUACCUCAAGUUCCAAGGGGACAAACUUUCCAUUAUGCACCUGCUUAUAUACGCUGGGGACAUUGCUACGGGCAUGGAGUAUGUAUCGAAAAAGAAUAUAGUGCAUCGUGAUUUGGCCACUCGCAACAUUCUCGUGGUCGACAAGUAUCACGUGAAGAUUUCAGAUUUCGGCCUCGCCCGUACUAUUCCUAAAGAAGACGACCAAUAUAAACUUAAGACUGAGAGACUGUUGCCGAUUAAUUGGUAUGCACCAGAGUCGGCGAGUGAUCCGUGGUUGUUCUCAACGAAGAGUGACGUGUGGUCUUAUGGCGUCACCGUGUGGGAGAUAUUCACUCGCGCCACAGUGGAAGUGCCCAAAUUCGACAUGACCAGACCCACGGAACGAGCUUCCUGCUUUCAAAUACCAGACGGCUGCCCAUCGGAGAUAUACAGAUAUCUCAUGACAGAUUGCUGGAACUUGGAUCCCAAUAGGAGGUCCAAUUUUACUGAACUCAAGAUUAAAGCAAAGAGGUUUCUAGAAGACUACGACCAGUCAACAUAGAUAUGUUAAACAACUGAAACAUGUAUACAUUUAUUUGUAGAUUUUGUUACGUAUUGACAGUCAGAUGGACGUUGCAAAUGAUGAUGUUAUAUAUUGCUGAAAAUGCAAUUAUUUAUGAAUUCACAUUUUAUUGACAAAAUUGUUAUAUUAAGAUGUCGUAUGACAGGUCUGCAGGAAUUUUAACUUCUGUAUGAAGAUUUUAUAUUUAUUUAAAAAUGAAUGUAAUUUUAUAUAUGAAUUUUAUAAUCUCCUAAUCUAUUACAGGUAUUGUAUUGUACCCUAUAAUGUUUUAUAUUGUAUUUAUUCGCACAAUAUUUUUACGGGAAAUAAUUUACUAAUGUAAACCGAAAACAAUGCACACAUUAUAGAGUUAAUAUUUUUAAAAAAUCAAAUAAAAAAAUAGAUUAAUAAAUUAUUAUAAAGAUACCCAUAAAUCUAUGAUUUGCUUGAUAUGAGAUACACAUCUUAUCAUGAAUUUGUUUUAUUUAUUUAUGAUUAUAAUAAUUAAUUAUCAAACUGUUUUAAUGAUCAUUGUAUAUAAAUAAUAUAAUAUUGUGCAUGUUUAGUUAUUAGUUUGGAGUUCCUACAGCUUUAUAUUUUGUCUACUCUCCGUAUAUCAGGUAAAUCAAAGAUCUUCAUCUGUAAAUAUAUAGAAAAUGUUGUUUGUGGUUCCUGGAAGCAUUUGCCGUAGUUCAGUAUGCGUUAAAUUUAACUUUCUGUAAAUAUUUGUUUUUAAGCUUUAAUUUUAAGUGAAUAAUAGCAAUCUCAUAUAAAUAUUUUAAUUAUUGAACAAUAAUAAAAGUGCAAUCAAUUCAAUGCAAAUAUCAGAAGCAACUAAUUUCAUUAUAAACAUUUGGUAAUUAUUUAAGUACUUAGAUAUAAUCGAAUCUGUUAGAAAUUAUAUUUAAUUAGAAUCAGGAACAAAUGUACGAGUCAUUAAUAAAAUCGAUUUAAUAAAAUCAUUAGUGAGUGAGAUGAAAUAAAGGAAAAAACAUUCACUAAACGUCUGAAAACUUGUAAAGGUCACACUACAUUAUACCGGCACCGUUAAACAUUGCUUUGUACUAAGAUAAAAUUUGUAAGAUGUUUUCAACUCGCAUACUCCCAAUAGGUGAAUGAAUGGAGAAUGAAACGUUCAGCAAGCAAAUGUCUGUCCUUUUAAUAAUUUUAGGUAAGUUUAUACAACACACAAAAAUUAAGUAGAUUCAUUGUAUUUAAAAAAAAAAAUAUUUAAAACGUUCCUAAAGUGUGCGAUCUAUAAUCGCGGUUAUAAAAUUUAAAGCUAAGUUAGCGAGUUCAGGAUUCUCUUAAAGUUAGGUGCAAACCAAUUGCAUAUGUUUUAAGAGUCACCAAAAUAUUGAAGAAUUAGUUCGUCCAGGACACAGUCCACCGCAUACAACGUCCGAAGUACAGACCACAGGUCAACUAACUCGCAACUGUCAAUUUCCUAAACCAACUUUGAGCUUUAUGUUGCUUGAUGUAAGUUUUACAGUUUAUUGACACAAUUUGACAUUUAUUAUUUGACACUUGAUGUGUAAAUUAUUCUCUGAUCCACUCUCUAUAAUUGACACCCGGUGGAAUUAUCCGUAUGCCAUAUCUGAUUCUACUAUCCCCUCGUGAGAAUACCGCGGAGCAUUUACUCCCGGGCAGUCACCAACGAAUUAGAAAUGUAAUGGAAAACGGGAGGGGCGAAAAAAUUGCGAUCAACACGCCGCGGCGUCGAUCAUGGGAUUGGGUGGAAUUUCCGUUUAACAUUAUCUUACCCAAUGAAUGGACAUCCGAAUUAAUUUCUAGAUAUUUGAUUUGUCAAGUUGUUUUUUUGUGUGCGCGUCGUGUUAAUAUUGAAGUUUAGUUGCAUGAGUUUGGAACCAUGUUUUAGCGGCCUUUUUUAGAGAGUAAUGCCUCCGUAUAAUUUCUAACUCGUUGGCAGUCACAGCACAGAUGUUCCGCUUAUUGUUUACGGUGCUGAUGUAUAAUGCCAUGGCAUUAACGCUGUAUUUUUAUCAAACAAUGCGAACUAUUUUAAUUAUGAGUGUACAGUGGCAACCACAUAAAUUGUCGCAGACAAACGUGAUGAAAUACUUAAAAAAAUAUAAGUUACACAAAGCUACAGCUUUUUUGUACCGUUUUAUUUUGCAUAUCUGUGCAGCUUUUAAAAAUUUAACAAGUACACAAAAGUUAGAAACGCACAAAAUUGUCUGAUACAGAUUAUGACGAAAGAGAAAUGAAAUUCCGACGUGCAACUACGUGUUUAGUGGCUUAAAUCUCACCAACGAAAUAUGGAUUUUUUUUCCGCACCUCGCUAAUGAAUUUAUCGAACAAUCUAGUUUCUUUUUACCUCAUUUUCAUUGUACUCUUGUAUUUCUUUAUAUGUUUUAAGAGUCCAGAGCGCUGUUCGCGAAUUUUUAAUUAAUUCGAUCAAGUUCUUUUAAUUGUAAAUGGAAUAUAUUACAAAACAUACACUUCUAAUAAUAUGUAUACUCUAUAAGCAUACCCUGUGUAUUAUUUGACGACCAACUUGGCCGAGUGGUGUGUACGCCGGGUUUCAUGGUGUCGCCGACUUGAGAGGUUCUGGGUUCAAAUCCCGAUGGAGGCAGAUGUUUGUGUGAUGAAUACGAGCAUUUGUACUCCAGUCAUGGAUGUUUAAUAUGUAUUUUCUAUAUAAAUAUACUUAUAUAUGUACAGUAUACGUAUGCUAUCCGUUACCCUAGUAUCUCAUAACACAAGCCUUAUAGUGCUUAUUUUGGGGCUAGGCUAAUUGGUGCGAGUGUUGGAAAUAUUUAUUUAUUUAUUUUGCAAUAAGUGGGAUUGACUGUCACAAAAGUAUACACAACAUUCAUCAGGCACCAC